GCGCCAUCAUUAUCUCGAGGAGAACGCAGCCAGCGCGCUCUUCGUGACAGGCACGUCUUUUCCCGCGACCUCCAAGUCGAGAGAUAUUCUUCAUUGUGCACCUAUACUUUUAAUUCCCCAGUGUAAGUAUAUAAAAUAACCCUGUCCCAGACUGACGUGAUGCCUAAAGCAAAGAGAAAGCUGUAUUCUUCAGCCGAGGAAACUCUGGUGCUAGAAGAUUAUGAUACCAGUCAGACAACUUCAGCUUCUUUUAAUUCCUCCCUGACUCGGGCCAUCUCACCUGACCAUACGGAAGAGUCCAAUGAAGUGGCACAGAUCACUUCAGCCUGUGGGCAGCAAACCUUUCGGUUGUCGCCUUUACACAGUCAGAGCUUUUCUGCAGAAUUAAAACUAGCUUUUCCUUUUACAUCAAAAGGGGAUGGAGAUUUCAACACUUUAGAUGGCAGCACACCAGCAUUUGAGUGUUCCCCAUGUCCUCCAGCCAAAAAAUUAUGUUCACUGGAUAAAUCCCCCACACAGAACAAAAUACAGGGAGUACAAGAAGCGCUGACAGUUGAAAGCACAAACACAUGCGCUAAAGAGAAACACAUGAUUGGCCAGAAACUUGCUAUAGAUUCAUCCAGAAGCCAAGAAGACAGGAAAAAGAUGCCGUAUGAACAGAGCGCAAAGGCAGAAUCCAUACAGUCUACUGAUGGAAGCAGCAUAGGAGCGGAAGACACCACCUCAACAGAGACGUCUACACAAGCGGCAGUGGGAAGGGACCAACCGCAGGAGCACAACAAUCUUAGAGCAGGCAUCAAGUCACAGCCUGUAGAUCCAGCAACUUCUAGUAUCAAGACUGAGCAAGCAGAGAGAAGCACCUGCACGGUGGCGGGCUACAUGACCUUGGCUGCACGAAAUGGAGACUCCAUGGUUCAUGGCCUGCUGCCUCCCCUCUUGCCUCAAGGCAGUCCUAUUCAAAGUCUUAGCCCUUGUAUCCCUGGCAACGACUGCAGCUGGUAUCAGAUCUUGUCCACAGUCCUGCCUCCAGUGUCUUCGAACCAGCAUCCAGCAAACAGUGGUGAAACAUGCCCAGCAGCCAUCCCCUCCUCCAGUGACAGUUCUAGCUUUUCUGUUUGUGGUGCUGCACCAGUUGGCAGUUCAGCUCCGGUUAAUGUUUCCACCCCAUCCAACGUAGGUGGCAACACCACACCAGUGCUGGUGCUAGCAUGGUUAAUGAUCCACUAGUGACUUUGAUAACAGCAGGGACAGUGGACAUGCAGCAUCCAUUCCAGGCUCUUCGCUUACCUGUCAGCAUGGCAACCUCCACACCCAGGUAUCUGUAUGCCUCUCACCCUCGCACAGGUCAGCUUGUCUUGCUCUCGCCUGUCAGCGAUCUCAAUGCAAUCUCCUCUCUGCAGCAGCAUCUACAACAGCAUCACCAGCAGCCGAGCCAUUUGCACCAGGAGCAAAGAUUUACCUGCUACUCAGCUGCCACCUCCUCAACAACUGUCACAAGUGAAUAAUCAACAUCAGCACCAAAUUUCUCAGCAAAAAAUAAAAUCUCCACUUCAGGCCAGCCAGCAGUCAAACGCACAAGUGGCCAUGGUAUCAGCCAUCUUGGCCAAACAGCUAACAUCGAGUAGCAUUCUCUCAACCACGGGUCAGACUAAGUCACAGGAGAACAUGGCUCCUGUAGCAGCUGCUAGAGAGUUGCUGGCUUUGGCAAGCCCUGCUUGCAACAAACAAUCUGCUUCAGCUUGUGUUCUGCCACCUUUAAUGAAGACAUCUGCAGGAAUUUCAGAUGAUGAACCAGUAAGAGAAAAUCACAACAUGAAAGAAAGGCGGAGAAGGGCACGCAUCAAGGAAGCUUGUGACCUGAUGCGGCAGCUUGUGCCAGGAAUGUCUGACAAGACGGACAAAGCAACAGUGUUUGAAUUCUCUGCCCGUUACAUCCAUUUCCUCAAAAACUUUGUAGGAGGUCAUCACACGAUAAGGUAAGAUUCAUCAACUGUGGUAUCAUAUACAAAAUAAAUUUCGAGGGAUGUUAUGUCUGCAGAAAAUUUAUUUUGCUUCUGAGUGCAGCAGUUUCUUCUCAAAAACAAAAGAUAACUCUUAAGUAGAAAAUUUUCAGACAUAACUUGUAAUCGGCAAAUGCUCAAACCCUUUUGACAUUUCAUAACUGAGUGAACUAUUUAUGCCUAUCCCUUUUAAAAAAUGUAG